CAACAGUGAACAGUCACUCCUGCCUCUAUAUAAAACCCUAACUACUUCACACUUGUUCUCAAUCCUCCAUUCCUCUCUCUUCUUUCUCUCUCUAGUCUCUCCUCUGUUUUUUAGUUAUUAGAGAGUUUUUUUUUUUUGACAAAAGGGUUUUAGUCAUUAGGGAGUUCAGAUAAAAGCAGAGAAUAUGACGGUGGCUGUGGAGAUUAGAGAAUACGACCCGAGCAAGGACUUAGCCACCGUGGAAGACGUUGAACGGCGGUGCGAAGUUGGUCCAACCGGCAAACUCUCUCUCUUCACCGAUCUCUUAGGUGACCCAAUUUGCCGUGUCCGACAUUCACCUUCUUAUCUGAUGCUGGUGGCUGAGAUUGGCACGGAUGAGAAGAAGGAGUUAGUUGGAAUGAUCCGUGGAUGUAUUAAAACCGUUACAUGUGGUAGCAAAACACUCGAGUUAACACACAAACCACAAAACGACGUCGUUACUGCUAAACCACUUUACACUAAACUCGCUUACGUUUUGGGCCUCCGCGUUUCUCCUACUCACAGGAGGCAAGGAAUCGGGUUUAAGCUCGUGACUGAGAUAGAGAAAUGGUUUAAUCAAAACGGCGCCGAAUAUUCCUACAUUGCUACUGAAAACGACAAUCAAGCUUCCGUGAAUCUUUUCACCGGGAAAUGUGGUUACUCCGAGUUCCGUACACCGUCGAUUUUGGUUAAUCCGGUUUACGCACACCGAGUUGAUAUUUCCAACCGGGUCACCGUAAUCAAGCUUGAACCGUCCGAUGCUGAGUUAUUAUACCGACUACGGUUUAGCACAACCGAGUUUUUUCCACGAGACAUUGAUUCGGUUCUCAAUAACAAACUCUCGUUAGGAACAUUCGUCGCUGUUCCACGUGGUAGCUGUUAUGGAUCCGGGUUUGGGUCAUGGCCCGGUUCGGCUAAAUUCCUCGAAUAUCCACCCGAUUCGUGGGCGGUUUUAAGCGUGUGGAAUUGCAAAGAAUCGUUUCGGUUAGAGGUUCGCGGCGCGUCGAGAUUACGGCGUGUGGUGGCCAAAACGACGCGCGUAGUUGAUAAAACGUUGCCGUUUUUGAAAAUUCCGUCUAUUCCGGCGGUUUUUCAACCGUUUGGGCUGCAUUUUAUGUAUGGAAUCGGUGGAGAAGGACCACGCGCAGAGAAAAUGGUGAAGGCAUUGUGUGGCCACGCGCAUAAUAUAGCGAAGGAAGGAGGAUGCGGUGUUGUCGCGGUGGAAGUCGCCGGUGGAGAGCCAUUCCGGCGAGGGAUUCCACACUGGAAAGUGCUAUCGUGCGCCGAGGAUUUAUGGUGUAUUAAGCGGCUUGGAGAUGAUUAUAGUGACGGCUCUGUUGGUGAUUGGACUAAAUCACCACCUGGCAAUUCCAUUUUUGUUGACCCUAGAGAAUUUUAAUUUUUAACCCCAAAUGACGAAAUUAGUUUUAUAUUUACAGAAAAAGACGAAUAUUUGAACUAUCAUGUCAGAUGUCUUUUUAACUGUUAGAAAAAUUGAGUGAUGAUGUAUUAGGAAUUUUUCAAUAAAAUAACGUCGUUUAAAAGAUAUUCGAAUGUAAUAUUUUUAUAAGAAAAUCUUGG